AUGCCCACCCUUUCAGUGUUCAUGGAUGUACCCCUAGCCCAGAAGCUAGAAGGCAGCUUGUUAGAGACCUACAAACAAGACAAUUGCCCUAAGAAGAUAUUCCUGGCCUAUAGAGUCUGCAUGACCAAUGAAGGCCAACCCUGGGUUUCCUCCGUGGUGCGUAAGAUCCGCCUGCAGAUCGCGCAGGAUCCCUCCCUGAACUAUGAGUACAUGCCGGUGAUGGGCAUGAAAUCAUUCAUCCAGGCCUCCUUGGAACUCCUCUUUGGAAAGCACAGCCGAGUCAUUGUGGAGAACAGGGUAGGGGGUGUGCACACUGUUGGUGACAAUGGUGCCUUUCAAAUUGGGGCCCAGUUCCUCAAAACUUGGCAUGGGAAUUCUCAAAUAGUUUACAUCAUUUCUUCUCAAAAAGAACUGUAUGGACUCGUCUUCCAGGACAUGGGCUUUACAGUUUAUGAAUACUCCUUCUGGGACUCCAAGCAGCUGUGCAUGAACCCUGACGUGCUCCUCGAUGUGGUGGAGCAGGCCCCACGUGACUGUAUCUUUGUGAUCGGGAACAUUGGCAACUGCAAGAUGACACAACAUCAGUGGGCAAAGUUGAUGGCCACUAUGAAGAGCAAGCAGAUAUUCCCAUUUUUUGAUAUUCCCCAUCAAGGUUUAUCCACUGGUGACCUGGAAGAAGACACUAAAUUUUUACAAUACUUUGUGUCUGGAGGCCUUGAGUUCUUCUGCAGCCAGUCACUGUCCAAGAAUUUUGGCAUUUAUGAUGAAGGAGUGGGGGUCCUAGCUGUGGUGGCAUUCAACAACCAGCUCCUGCUGGGCGCCCUCUCCCAGCUGAUGAACUUCGCCCUGGCCCUGUGGCUAAACCCUCCUACCAUGGGUGCUCGCAUUAUCACCUCCAUCCUCUGUAACCCUGCUCUACAUGAAGCAUGGAAGCAGAAUCUGAAAGGGGUUGUAGAGAACAUCAUGCUGAUCAAGGAAAAGGUUAAGGAGAAGAUCCGGCUCCUGGGAACCCCCGGCUCUUGGAAUCACAUCACUGACCAGAAUGGGACCCAUGGCUAUCUUGGACUUGACUCCCGACAGGUGGAAUACUUGGUCAAGAAGAAGCAUAUCUACAUCCCCAAGAAUGGUCGGAUUAACUUUACCUGUAUCACUGCCUGCAACAUAGAUUACAUCACUGAGAGCAUCAAUGAGGCUGUCCUCUUUACGAAGGGCUCAUAG